AUGUUUACUAAAUUCGCUACUAGACAGUUCUCCUCCACUGCCUCUUCCGCUUACAAGGUGUCCAUUCUGGGUGCCGCCGGUGGUAUUGGACAGCCAUUGUCUCUGCUGAUGAAACUCAACCACAAGGUCACCAAGCUCUCUUUGUACGACCUGAGACUGGGUGCCGGUGUGGCCACUGAUAUUUCCCACAUCCCAACCAACUCCGUGGUCACGGGAUACGGUCCAGAGGACGACGGGCUGUCGAAGGCCUUGCAGGGCGCCGAUGUGGUUCUGAUCCCAGCCGGAGUUCCUAGAAAGCCGGGCAUGACCAGAGACGACCUGUUCAACACCAACGCCUCCAUUGUCAGAGACCUUGCCAAGGCCUGUGCUGACCACUGUCCUAACGCUGCGCUCUGUGUGAUCUCGAACCCUGUCAACUCGACCGUUCCUAUUGUCGCCGAGGUGCUCAAGUCCAAGAACGUCUACAACCCAAAAAAGCUGUUUGGUGUCACCACUCUGGACGUGCUGAGAGCCUCUAGAUUCUUGUCCGAAGUCGCCGGAACCAACCCUGUCCACGAGCACGUCACCGUUGUUGGCGGCCACUCCGGAAUCACCAUUGUUCCGCUGAUCUCCCAGACCAACCACAAGAACCUGCCAAAGGAGACAUACGACGCGCUGGUCCACAGAAUCCAGUUCGGCGGUGACGAAGUCGUCCAGGCCAAGGGUGGUGCUGGUUCUGCCACCUUGUCUAUGGCCCAGGCCGGUGCUAGAUUCGCCUCUGCCGUGCUGGACGGUCUUGCCGGCGAGAAAGACGUCGUCGAGCCUGCCUUUGUCGACUCUCCACUGUUCAAGGACGAGGGUGUCGACUUCUUCUCGUCCAAGGUCACUCUGGGCGUUGACGGUAUCAAGCAGAUCCACGGUCUUGGCGAGCUCACCAACGCCGAGCAGGAGAUGAUCAACACGGCCAAGGAGACCCUGGUCAAGAACAUCGAGAAGGGAGUCAAUUUUGUCAAGCAAAACCCAUAA